AUGACGUCUCACAAGGAGAACGAGGCAUGGAAAGAGGCUUCUGUCGCUGAGGACCGGAACUUCCGACCAACGAAGAGCAACGGCGGGCGACGGAAAGCGCCAUUCUACAAGGUCAUGCAGGGUAUGCCCAUCGCAGUUGAUGCGUUUCGGUACGGAACCAUCCCAGGAGUCACAGCUUAUUUCUUGACACAUGCACAUUCCGAUCACUAUACGAACCUUUCGGCCAAGUGGAACAGUGGGUUCAUCUACUGUUCAGAAGGCACCGCAAACUUGAUCAUGCACAUGCUGGGCGUGAACCCCAAGUGGGUACGCCCAUUACCUCUUGACGUCGCCACGACCAUCCCAGACACGGGCGGCGUGCAAGUGACGCUAAUCGAGGCGAACCACUGUCCUGGAUCAUGCCUGUUCCUUUUCGAGGGCCCGCAAACAGUCAACGCGGGUGAUAGUGCGUACAAAUCGCCCUUGAUUGGCUCGUCAAGGCUGUUUAGGUACCUCCACUGCGGCGACUUCCGGGCGUCCCCCGCGCAUGUAAACCACCCAGCGAUCAAGGGCAAGCGGAUAGACCACUGUUAUCUAGACACGACAUACCUGGACCCGAAGUACUGUUUUCCUCCGCAGCCACAGGUCAUUCCGGCGUGUGCGGAGCUCGCGAGGCGGAUUGUCGCAGGCAUCCCGCUACACGAGGAUGCAGCGAGGGCCAAACAGAAUCGCACCAUGGACCGGUGGGUGACAACGUCGGGCGUCAAGACGGAGCAGAAGGAGCAGGGCAUAGGGAGGACGCUCGUCGUCGUAGGGACCUACUCCAUCGGCAAGGAGCGCAUCGUCAAAGCGAUCGCGCGAGCCCUCCAGACUAAGGUCUUCUGUGACUCGCGCAAGGCUGCCAUCCUGCGGUGUCAAGCGGACCCUGAGUUGCACGCGUUACUCACGAAGGAUCCGCUCGAGGGCGGCGUGCACCUCGUACCACUGGGCGUGAUUGCCUCAGACCGUCUGAAGGAGUACGUCGAGCGGUUCAAGGGACACUAUAGCAAGGCUGUCGGCUUCAGGCCGACUGGGUGGACCUUUACCGCGCCAACAGGGAGCGACAUGCUCCCCUCCGUGCAAACGAUCAUCUCCCGCUCGCAGAGCCGCACCUUCACCUACGCGCAACUGAGCCCGAUGAAGAACUCCACGCCCGCGCUGCAGAUCUACGGGGUGCCGUACUCGGAGCACAGCUCGUUCUUCGAGCUGACGUGCUUCGCGCUCUCGCUCGACUGGGGCAGGAUGAUCGCGACAGUGAACGUCGGCAGCGAGAACUCGCGCAAGAAGAUGGGGAAGUGGAUUGAGCGCUGGGAGGCGGAGAGGAAGAAACGGGCGAGGGACGAGGUCGUUAGUGCUAGGGCUGACGACUACUGGUAG